UUUGCAGAGCAGAUGAAAAAUGAGUCACCUUCUCCGGCCUUUCAUGUCUAGCUUCAUUUCCACGAGACAAUUCGCCCUUUCGCCUUCACUUUCUAUUCUUCAUCGUCACACAAGAGCCUUCUGUUGCAAAAUGUCCGGCGACUCAUCUUCUCUAACUCACUCAAUCACUCUCCCAUGCCAACCCGCUCAACCCGUCCGCAUCGUCGCUGCCCCCGGCAUCUCAGAUUUCGAGUUUAGGAAUGCUAUUGAUUCAUAUCUGUUCAAGCAAUGGUUAUCUAACUUACAAAGUGAGACUGGGAUUUUAGCUAAUGGUGCCGUGAUCUUAAAGCAAGUACUCGUGCAGGGAGUGGAUAUGUUUGGAAAGCGGGUAGGUUUUAUCAAAUUCAAAGCAGAUAUCUUUGAUAAGGGAACAGGAAACAAGGUUCCAGGUAUAGUAUUCGCACGAGGACCAGCUGUAGCUGUGCUUAUUCUCCUGGACUCAGAGGGUGAGACUUAUGCUGUUCUUACUGAACAGGUUAGGGUCCCUACUGGGAGAUUUGUACUCGAGUUGCCUGCUGGAAUGUUGGAUGAUGACAAGGGUGAUUUUGUUGGCACAGCAGUGCGUGAGGUUGAAGAGGAAAUUGGUAUUCGUCUUAAUAUAGAGGACAUGGUUGACCUCACAAGUUUUCUGAACCCAUCUUCUGGCUGCAAAGUGUUUCCUUCUCCGGGAGGAUGUGAUGAAGAAAUUAGUAUUUUUCUUUACAGAGGGUGUGUGGACAAAGAGAUUAUCACACAACUGCAAGGAAAAGAAACAGGCCUUCGUGAACAUGGUGAGCUGAUCAAGGUUUGUGUAGUUCCAUACAGAGAACUCUGGCGCAUGACAGCAGAUGCAAAGGCUCUUAUGGCCAUUGCCAUUUACGAAAUGUCCAAGAGAGAAGGACUGCUGCCUCCACUCAAGUCCUAAAGUGUGAAUACUCUGACUGGUUAAUCACUUGUUUGCUGGAAAGAUGGCUCCAAAUUGUUCAUGUUUUUUCAGUGCAGACUAAGUUUCCACUCACCACAAAGUUUUGCUGGGAAAAACUUCAUUCCAGUUUUCUCAGAAUGGGUAUCUAUCAUGGAAAUUAGAUAAUUCUCUUACUUACAAGUUGCAAUAUUUUGUGAACAAUGUAGAGAAUGGAGAUCUUUUUCACAUUACUUUAGGAAGUUGGAAAUGGCGAAUACUGAAGGUGCAGUUUGCCCCUUCAACUGGGUCUGUUUGGGAAGAAAUAACUGGAAGAAGCGGAGUUGGGGGAAAAAAAAGAACAAUCAUUUUAACUAAUGGCAGUUUUAGAGGAAAAAAAUUUGAAAUGUAAUAGUUAUUUAUAAAAAGUUAAACAAUAUUAUAGAAUCAUGAUAUCA